GGGAGAGCCCUGAACAGCGGAGAUCUGCGGCCGGAGAGGACCGAUCACCGUGCUAUACCGGACUUUACAAUGGCAAAGCUGGUCCAGUUCCCACCAAAGUUCCUUCCAAAAGAGUGGAGUAUUGCUAAUCAGACAAGCUUUGCCAACGCAGAAGCUCAAAGGUCCCGAUCAGAGAGGCUGGUUGCUGAAAGUCAGAGACUGGUUGAUGAAAUUGAAAAUACAACACAGAAAACUCAAAAGGAUGUCAACAAGAAGCUAGAGCAGAGAUUGGAAGAGAUCCAGUUUUGGAAGAAAGAAUUAGAUAGCAAGCUUGAAGACACAGUUAAUGACAUAGAACAGCUACUGGCUUAUAAAGUUCGCCUGGAAAAAGCCUUGGAGAGCUGCAUGGAGCCUUUGUCCAUAGCCCAGCAAUGCUUAGUGGAAAGAGAGAAGAGAGUUGGGAUAGACCUGGUUCAUGAUGAAGCAGAAAGAGAGCUCAUCAAGGAAGUGGAGGUGAUCCAAGGGGUGAUAGCACUACUGCAGAGGACUUUAGAAGAAAUUACUGAGCAGAUAAGGUUGAGUCGAUCCGCUAAGUAUUCCCUGGAGAAGGAUCUGAAAGACAAGUUCCAGGCUUUGAAAAUCGAUAAUCAUUGCAGCACAUUAACAAACAACACUCCAGACAUUAGAUAUGCUUCCAAUGUUGUGACAGUCCAGGGGAACUCAGUUAUCCCUGUUGAAUGGGAGGAUUUCAGCAACACAAACAUUGUGAAAGCAGAGAAACAGAGAAACAACUCAGUAGCAUUUCGGACCCUUAUUGACAGCAUUUUGUCUGAAACAGCCAGCGAUAUGCGCAAACAGUGUGAUACUGUCAACGUUGCCCUGAAAAACCGUGUGGCAGAGACAAAGGAUGCAAAAAAU